AUGUCAAAGUCACCCUCGUCGGAAAUAAUGAAUAUUACCAACGUGAUGGACGAGAGAAAGGGUCAAGUUCCUACUGGCACGCCAGAGCACCACCAUAUGCAUGUGCAGCAGCACCAUGGUAUGCCGCACUCGCACUCGCAGCUGAUCGCCGCUAUCGAUCGCGCAAACUCGCCGCACGGAUCGGAGAGCUCGCACUACUCGGCUCCGCGCAGCGGCGGCGCUCUGGAGGCGUUGAAUGGAAUGGGUAAUGCCAGGCCUUAUGGCUCUCCCAACUCCAUGCAGGCUCCGUUGCCCAUGCCGGAUGCCAACAUGACGCAGGGCAUGAUGAUUCCCGGCAUGCCACCCAUGGCGCCUGCGAACCAUUCUAUGCCCAUGUACAACACCCCGCCCAAGACCGAGAAUGCUCCUCCCGUCAAGGCUUAUCCGUGCAGCACUUGUGGCAAGUGUUUCGCCCGUCGAAGUGACCUGGCAAGACAUGAGCGUAUCCAUAGCGGAGUGCGACCUCACGUCUGCGACUACCCCAAGUGUGGCAAGCAGUUCAUCCAGCGCUCUGCCCUCACCGUUCACCAGCGAGUCCACACAGGCGAGAAGCCGCACAUGUGUGAGCGAUGUGGCAAGCCUUUCAGCGACAGCAGCUCCCUAGCACGACACCGUCGGAUUCAUUCGGGUAAGAGACCGUAUAAAUGCCCGUACGCGGACUGCCAGAAGACCUUCACGCGUCGCACCACACUUACUCGCCACCAAAACCACCAUACCGGUACUGUUGAGGAGGCCGCCGCCGCUACGGCUGCAGCUUUGGCCGCUCAGGCAAGCAAGACUGCAGCCAGCCGCCAAUCUCGCAGCGACGGUGAUCCAGCUUCUAAGCAUGCAUCCCCGAUGAACACCCCGUCGCCUGCCCACCGCCACAUGUCCAACUCCCCGGUCCCUGACCUUUCUGGUAAUGGGAUGCGACAGAACGAAUAUUCUUACAUGAACAACAACGGUGGCCCACUCCCAGCCCACCUCCGCACGGACGUGCACUCUCAGAUCCCUACUUCGACCCCGACCUACACCACCGGCAUGCGUCCUACGUCGCACCCCACAACGUUCCCGCCGCCCUCGACCUUGGAACCCCAUGUUGAGCCGCACCAAACUGGUCCGGGAAGCGCGGGUGGUAGCCCCCACAUGGGCAGUGUUGGCUGGGCAUCGCCCUCUCACAUGCCCUCGCCCACCCACAGCCAGAGUGGAAACGGCUAUGUCUAUCCGGACCCUGAUCAGACUGCCUUCACCACUGGCGGUCUCGGCCAGAUGGGCCAGAUGUAUUACGGCAGUGCUACUCAGAUUCGGCGACCUCAGAGCACUGAGCCUGGUGUGAACUCGUUUGAGACCAAACAACGCCCGGCCGACAUGUGGUCGACCCCUGCACAGUAG